ACAGAAGAGUUACAAUUUGAAAUAUUUACACGUAAAGCUGAAGGUUUCCCAGCUUUCAUUAUUGUUUUACGCAAACAAUCUACUAAUGAUAUUGUCAGUGGAACAAUCGACUUUUCCAAUGUAUGCUCUUGUAUUAUACCGAAAAUAAUCUAUCCAUCAAAUAAAAUUCUGGAACUUCAUCAACCAUUGCCAAGUCCACGUGUUUAUUUGAAAUCAUCUGAUGGACAACCGAUGAUUUAUGUUUUUAAAUGUUGUGCAUAAAAAGAGGAAAAACAAGCUUUUUCAAAUGAUAUUAUGAUAAUUGCCUUAGUUAGUUAGUUAGUUUCAACAAUUAUUAUCCAAAUUUUCAACU